GCGACGGCUGGGGGCUCCCGGCGCGGGGGACGCUGGUGGCCAAGAUGGCGGCGGAGCUGGUGGAGGCCAAAGGCCCAGGUGGCUCCACGAAGCCCCUUGCCCCAUUGGCAGUCCCCGAAUCUGGCUGUGUCUCCUCUGAGCGUGUGUAUCUGUGGUUGCUCUUCCCCAGAACAUGGUGAUGAGUUUCCGAGUCUCCGAUCUUCAGAUGCUCCUGGGUUUUGUUGGCCGGAGUAAGAGCGGACUUAAACACGAACUUGUCACCCGGGCCCUCCAGCUGGUCCAGUUUGACUGUAGCCCCGAGCUGUUCAAGAAAAUCAAGGAGCUGUACGAAACGCGCUACGCCAAGAAGAGCUCAGAGCCUGUCCCCCAGCCCCACCGGCCCCUGGACCCCCUGACCAUGCACUCAACCUACGAUCGGGCUGGCACGGUGCCCAGGACUCCCCUCUCGGGCCCCAACAUUGACUACCCCGUGCUCUAUGGGAAGUACUUGAAUGGACUUGGACGCUUGCCCACCAAGACCCUCAAGCCGGAAGUGCGUCUGGUGAAGCUUCCCUUCUUUAACAUGCUGGAUGAAUUGCUGAAGCCUACAGAGCUGGUUCCACAGAAUAAUGAGAAGCUUCAAGAGAGCCCAUGUAUCUUUGCGUUGACGCCAAGGCAAGUGGAGCUGAUCCGGAAUUCCAGAGAACUGCAGCCCGGGAUCAAGGCCGUGCAGGUCGUCCUCAGAAUUUGCUACUCAGACACCAGCGGCCCUCAGGAGGACCAGUACCCACCCAACAUCGCCGUGAAGGUCAACCACAGCUACUGCUCAGUCCCGGGCUACUACCCCUCCAAUAAGCCUGGAGUGGAGCCCAAGAGGCCCUGCCGCCCCAUCAACCUCACCCACCUCAUGUACCUGUCCUCGGCCACCAACCGCAUCACCGUGACCUGGGGGAACUACGGCAAGAGUUACUCCGUGGCCUUGUACUUGGUGCGGCAGCUGACCUCUUCAGAGCUGCUGCAGAGGUUGAAAACCAUCGGGGUCAAGCAUCCAGAGCUGUGCAAGGCGCUUGUCAAAGAGAAGCUGCGUCUGGACCCCGACAGCGAGAUCGCCACCACCGGCGUGCGGGUCUCCCUCAUCUGCCCACUGGUGAAGAUGCGGCUGUCAGUGCCCUGCCGGGCGGAGACCUGCGCCCACCUGCAGUGCUUCGAUGCCGUCUUCUACCUCCAGAUGAACGAGAAGAAGCCCACCUGGAUGUGCCCCGUGUGCGACAAACCAGCCCCCUACGACCAGCUCAUCAUCGACGGGCUCCUCUCCAAGAUCCUGAGUGAGUGCGAGGAUGCCGACGAGAUUGAGUACCUGGUGGACGGCUCGUGGUGCCCCAUCCGCGCCGAGAAGGAGCGCAGCUGCAGCCCGCAGUGCCCCAUCCUCGUGCUCGGCACCUCGGACGCCAACGGGCUCCUGUCCACCCCCAACGUCAAUGGUGGUGGUGGUGGCGGCGGCGCGCUCGGGGGCGCUGGUGGAGGGGGCGGCGCAGUAGGCGGUGUUGAGAACGGGAAGCCAGGAGCCGACGUGGUGGACCUCACGCUGGACAGCUCAUCAUCCUCAGAAGAGGAGGAAGAGGAUGAGGAAGAUGAAGAGGAUGAGGAUGAGGAGGGCCCCCGGCCCAAGCGACGCUGUCCCUUCCAGAAGGGCCUGGUGUCGGCCUGCUGACUGCUCGCCGCCGCCGCCACCACCACCACCACCACCACCACCACCACCACCACCGCCACCACCACCGGCUGGACACUCGACUUUCCUGGUGCUCACCCACGCGGAUGGGGCGCAGGCGGGCCUCGGGGUACAGAGGGAGGAGUGAUUUUUUUUCUUUUUAUUGUUCAUUUUGUUUUUCCACCCCUUUCCCUGGCUCCUGGCACCUGUACCUCUGGACUCUCCUAUCGGAGGAUUAAAAAAAAGUAAAAUGACAAAAAAAAGUACAAAAAAAAAAAAAAAAAAA